AUGGGCCAACAAAACACGGCGGCGGAGGAGGCAAAGGGCCUGACGAUCAAGAUCGAGGAAGUCAGCGGUGUGGAAGAAGCCAGCGUUGUGGAAGAAGCCAGCGUUGUGGAAGAAGCCAGCGUUGUGGAGGAAGCCAGCGUUGUGGAAGAAGCCAGCGUUGUGGAAGAAGCCAGCAUUGUGGAAGAAGGCAGCAUUGUGGAAGAAGCCCGCGUUGUGGAAGAAGGCAGCGAUGUGGGAGAAGGCAGCGAUGUGGGAGAAGGCAGCGAUGUGGGAGAACGCAGCAGUGUGGGAGAACGCAGCGAUGUGGAAGAACGCGAUGUGGAAGAAGCAAGCGUUGCGGAGGCAGACGAUGUAUCAACGAUCGACACUGAGGAAGGCAGCCUCGUGGAGGCAGAAGAUGCAUCCACAGUCUCUAUGUGGUUGCAAGAUGGCGAGGUGCAAAUGCAAACAGCACGUUCAAGGAUGCCACAAAUCUGGUUGUUGCAGGGUCACACGCCUCGACCACCAACACGCAUUCUAUCGAGGGCAGCAACACGCCGGAACUUCAUGGAGGACGAGUGCAUACGACUGACCGAGCGGAAAAAAGGCUGGUCCAUCAAAGCUAUGAAGAACAAACUCUUGUUCAAUUGGUAUCGAUUCGGGUUGAAACUCAACAGGGACACCGAGGCUCGAUUCCUUCGUCGCAAUUUCCACGAGGAAUGGUACGACGAAAGAUUGAACGGACCAGAGUACAUGCCCUCGUUGUGGUGA